GUAUUUUCGGAAUUCUCACCAGCGUUUACCACCUCCGAGACUAGGGCCCGAAUGGCAGUAAGAUCUCGGUUUUGGAGCAAAGAUCCAAGAUGGGGCAAAGGCGCAUAUAUAAGUACAGCAGGGAAACAAACCAUAUCAGAAUCAAGACACAAGCUUUAAAUCUACCCAUCGAUAACAACAUCGUAUCAUCAACCGACCGAAAUGCUGUCCGUUACCUCCCAGACGUCCACACCUUUUACUCCGACAAGCAUCAGAGCUCCCGAUUCCAAGGCCACUAUAUCAAUCGGUGAAAUUCACGCCGUACAUGACAACACACCAUGUCGGAUUCUCACGAACGCUCUGCCAUUCCCAAAUGAAGAUCAGCACUUCUGGUGGAAUGUGGUGGCUCCCACAAUCCAGGAGCUCAUGAUCAAGUCAAAUUACAACCUGGCCCAUCAAUACCAGCACCUGAUCUUCAUCUAUCGAUAUAUAAUCCCUGGGCUGGGUCCCCGUCCCAAGCCAAAAGGUCAGCCCCAUUGGCACUCAUUCAUGACCGACGACUUCACUCCCCUUGAGAUCAGUGUGAAUUUUCAUGACAGCAAAGCAACCGUUCGCUUCGGUUUUGAGCCCAUUUGUGACCUCGCCGGUACUGAACUGGAUCCUGCUAACCGGCAGGCCAGCGCCAACUUCCUGCACAAACUUAGCCAGGAUGCUUCGGUGGGCGUCAACCUGGGCUGGUAUAACCACUUUGCGAAAGAGCUCUUGGUGGCCCCGGAGAACAUGGCCUCCGUGCUGGCGAAAUUCCCCUCCGACGAGCACCAGACCCAAAACAUGUUUGCAUUUGGCUUCCAAGGCGACCAGGCCCCAAUGCAAGCGUACAUUAUGCCCCUACUCAAGUCCGCUGAAACCGGCAUUUCCCCAAGUCGAUUGAUCUUUGACUCCAUUCUCAAACUUGACCGUGUGGAGGCUCCCCUUGCGCCAGCCUUGGGCCUGAUUGAGGCGUACAUGGCUGAGCACCCGGAGAUGCGGGCGGAAGCGGCGGCGUUCGACUGCGUCGACCCGCACCAGUCGCGCAUCAAACUCUACCUGCGUGCGUAUCACACCUCCCUACACGAUGUCGUCGACGUCUAUACCUUAGGCGGUCGCCUCAAGGAUGACACCACCUUGGCAGGGAUUAAGAUUCUGCGCGAGCUCUGGCCCCUCUUAUUGGACGUUCCCGCCGGCUACAAGGACGAGGACCCCUUACCGAGCAAGAGCCACCGCACCGCCGGCUUCCUCUACAACAUCCACAUUCGCCCUGGCAAGACCUACCCCGAAACCCAGGUCUACAUUCCCGUCCGCCAUUACGGUAAAAACGACUUGGCGGUCGCACAAGGUCUCGCCACCUAUUUUCGUCGGCAGGGAUGGAAUGAUCUUGCCGAUUCGUAUGCCAAAGACCUUCAAGCCAGAUUCCCCUCGCACAACAUCGAUACCGAAUUAGGGACGCAUACGUAUGUCUCUUACUCAUAUAAGAAGGGCAAGGGCCCGUAUGUAACGGCUUACUACUGUCCUAAAGUCUACAGUCGACCGGCGUAUUAGUUGCGUCUAAGGAGGAUGAUUCCAUCUCCUUCUUCUCAAUUCUUUAUCUUUUAACUGUUUAUAUCUUUUUCGUAUUUAGCAAUCUACUCGAUUC